AUGGAAGAUAACGGCUUUGCCUACGUCUUCAGAGGCGGUUGCAUUCUUGUGUUGAUCAUGAUGGUUUGGCAUGGCGGCAACGCCAUCGUCGGUUUUCUCCCCCCUGUCGGGGACUACUUCCACCACAUCACGACGAUUGUCCUGGUGCUUCACGCCAUUCCACUCCUCCCCUGGCUGUAUCUUCAGAUCGUGGACCCCGUCAUCGCCGACUCCGCCCCUUGGCUCGCCCUGUCUCCUCAAGAUGCCCUCCGCAUCGAAGAGCGUACUGGACGCUAUGCAUCUUUCUUUCUCCUCCCGUAUCCCAAGUUUCUUUUCAGCACCUUCAUGCGAGCCUUCCAGUCUGUCGCCAAGUUUCUCUACGACGUUGCCUUCGAUUUUGAAGAGACUAUCCUGAAUCAUUCUGUGGUCUACCCUCACACAGUCGCCCUGCGCAACUACAUCCGGUCCAAGCUUGGCCAGGCUGCCCUGCCAGCUAACCGCCAGCGCCUGAGAUACGCCGAUUCAUCGACCUCGACGACACUCACUCAGGCAGAAAUCCAAAGGGCCUGCAUGAAACCCAGGGUCGUUUGCGAAGACAAUCUGCUUCUGUUGAGGAACGCCGAAAACGAGAGAAGCCUGGUCCUCAGAACACAAGAGAAUGACCACGAAGAAGAGCGAAGAGGCAUGCGCCAACAGAUCACCACCCUCCAGAACGCCGUUCAAGGAUACAGCCAAUGGGAUUACAGCCUCAUGUAUCGUCAGGAGCGUCGCCUUCACAACGAGACCAGAGAGCAGCUGGAGAGAGCCCGAAUUGCUUACGAGGCCCUUCAAGAGGAGAGCAACAUGAACCACGAAACUGUCGAGGAAGAGGAGCGCGAGAACGACAGACUUACCAGAGAGCUUGAAGCCGCGAGGGCCGCCACAAACAACAACGGCACACAUAUUCAAAGCCUUGAGCAGGAGAUUCGCCGACUCAGCCUUCUCGUCGAUAACCAGCGCGUUGAGAUUGAGUCCAAUCAACAGGAGCUGGCCCAGCAUGUGGCCAACCAGAUUCGAUUGCAGGAGGAAGAUAUCAUAAUUCCUGAUCACAUCAGGGUUGUUCUGGAAGAGAAAUUUGCAGCCGCCAUUGAAGAGAACAAACAGCAGAUCCACACGGAGUAUUCUCAAAGGUUUGAAGCAGAGCUCCAAGAACACAAAACGAAGCUGGAACACGACUAUCCUGGUGAUCGGCUUCAGAGCUUCGCCGAGGAGACAGCAAACAUUGAGAAUGAGAAGAAGCGCCUCCAGGCUGAGUGUGAAGACGAGCGACAGCGAAUCGAAGUUGAGAGGCAAGCAAUCCAGAGGGCUCGCGACACCAUCGAACGCGACCGCCAGUCCAUUACCCAGGAGAAGGAACGGGUCGAAUCCGAGUGCCGUCAUCAGCUUCAGCUCAUUGCACAGGAGAGGGAAACGAUCCGAAGCGACCGCGACCGCAUCGAGACCGAACUCCAGAAUGAGCGACAGCUCAUUGAGCAGGAGAAACAACGUGUCCAGAGCGACCGCGCUCAGCUUGAUCGUGAUUCUCAAACCCAGCGUCAGACUAUGACUCAGGACGAAGAACGCAUGGUUCAGGAGAGGAGUCAAAUUCAAAGCGAGUUCGAGAAGCUGCAGGAUGAACGACUUCGCUUGCAACAAGACCAAGAGCACGUUCGAGAGCAGACGAACGAGACGCCUCAGACCAAACGCGACGCAGACGCUGUCACCGACUAUAAGAGGCGAAUCGCAGAGCUUGAGGAGGAGGUCGACCAAUACGAGAAGCUCCUACAUGAAGAGAAAUCCAAGGACAAGAGUGCCUUGCAAGAGCACCAGAGGCUGAAGGAGGACUUCGUACGCAUGAAGGCUGAGAAUGAAAUUCUCAAGGCCAGACUUUCCACCAACGUCGCCAAUCCAUCUGAGUCUCCUAAUGGCGUCAUGGACUUUUCUGUUGCCCCGGCCGCGCCUACUCAGACCGAAAGCACGGAGGAUAUCCCCGCUGCCCUCACCACGCCGAUGGACGUCAGCGACAUGAGCAAUGCGCCAGCUGAUGUCGACAACUCCGAAGACGACCCAGUAUUUCAGGAGAUGCUUCAAGACGUUGAAGCAGAAGACGACAUGAUGAAGCGGGAGGAGAAGGCUAAAGAGAUGCUCAAGAACUACUCGUUUUCGAUUACCUCCAACGGCACUGAGGGAACAAAGAACCCCUUCACUUCCACACCCAGCAACGGCGAAGUCGAAGAAAACGUCCUCAAGAACAGAAAGGUUCUUCAACCUCGAUCGUUGAAAAUACGCAAAGGGAACAUGUACGGCACGACGAACCAUGAGACUGGCGAGGGGAGCAGCCAGGCACCAAAUAAUGAGUCCACGCGGCCAAGAACGGCCCGCAAGGAGCCAGUAGCUACUGGACAAGUAGCAGCCAAGCGUCCCCGUCCCACCACAGCUCGUAAGGAGCCCUAUACGCUCCCUCCCCUGCACACAGUCUCGGAGGAGGAUGAAGACGAAGAUGGCGAGGGCGAGGAGGAUCAGGAGACAGAGAUCGAGUAUGAGGAAGAAGAUGCGCUUAGUGAGGCAGAAUGA